AAAAAUAUCAGUAGUCUUCCAUCGAUCACCAGGAAAGAUGAUUGUUUUAGCUAUCGUGGUGACAAUAAUAUUCAGCAUCGGUAUAUUGAGCGGAGUUAAUGGUGCUUCGUAUUCCAAUGUCUAUGUAGAGCGUGACAUUGCCCCUAGGGGAUAUUAUCGAUAUGGAGCCCCUUACACGUCAUUAGCAGACCCGAGAAUAUCUCAAAUCACUUCACUCCCUGCAAUUACUGAGUAUGGUGCACCUUGUGGGUCACCUUGUGUUUUUCCUGCCCAAGCUAUUUCUUCUGUGGUGGCUCCCGUGAACCCUAGUCCAAAUGUAAUAGCUUACAGUGCUCCGGUACCAAAUGUACCAGUGUUAGUAACUCCGCCUAAAGAGGCUACCAACGGAUAUGAAUAUUCCUAUGCUGUAUAUGAUGAGAGUACUGGAGACCACAAGGCACAACGUGAACUUAGCGAUGGCUCAGUUGUAAGAGGAGAAUACUCUUUUAUUCAGCCCGACGGCUAUGUUAGGGAAGUGCAGUAUGUAGCUGACGACAUUUCUGGGUUCAAUGCGGUAGUUAAGAAUUUCUUACCUGCCACCGUGGAAGUCAAAAAGAAAAUUGAACCAGUUGUGAAAAUCGAAUCAUCUCCGCCAUUGAAUUUUGACUGUCAUGAAAUCAAAAGCGAAUCCAUCAAACAAGGUUCAACCGUUAACUCGGAAGCGAUUACUGAGCAGCUAUUGAAAAUUCAUGAAAACUUACAUAAAGAACUAUCUAAAGAGGUAUCUGCUGAAAAUAGUAAAGAAAUAAAUACUGAACCUGUAACCCAAGCCGUGUCAGAGGAAGAAUCAAAAGCCAACUCUAAUGAAAAAAGUGCGGAAGUUAAUUCAAAAGAACAAACACAGUCCAAAGAAGGAUCUGGGGAAGAAACUGAAAAUAAGUCAAAGGAAGUGCCCGAAACAAAACCCGAAUCUACCGAAGAACCAUCUACUGAUGUAUCUGGGGAAAAAUCAAAAGAAAAUCUACAGUUAGAACCAAAAACCUCCAAAGAAGAAUCUAGCGAAAAGUCUAAAGAGGAAAAUUCAUCUUCCAAGGAAUCUGGACCAAAAUCUGAAGAAAAAGACAGCGCUUCAAAACCUGCCUCCAAUGAAUCUACAGAGGAGUCUGUAUCUAAAGAAUCGAAAGAAGAACUGAAAGAAAAACCUAAGAAAAAAGCUACUGAAGAAAAAACCGGGGAAAAUGGUAAGAAUAAGGAAACUUUUGAGUUACUGAAGCCGCCACAAGAAGGAGUCGUGCCGUAUCAUGACAUAAUCAGGUGUAUUCAAGCAGCUAUGAGGAGAUCUUAUGGAGUACCAUCCAUAAACGAAGAGCACUCACCGUUAACAUACAUAGUCUUGAACAAACCAUGCUAACACAGCGAUUUAAUAGUUUUAUGUCUAGUCGAUAACGAUGUUUUUGUUUUUUGUUAUAAUCUCAAUAAACUUAAGGCUCAACUUUAUUUAUUUAAAAGCAUAAAUAAAUCCAGCAAACAACA